CAGAAAUAUGAACAGCCGUCACAAGUGUGGCUCAGUGUGAUAUACAAAAGUUGAACCGUUUGUUUGCAAGUUGCCAUACGCGCAUAACCUACCGCUCCCAGCUGGCCCUGGGGGCCCUUUAGGAGGUUGCGCCAUGGCCACGGGCCCGCCCGAAAACCCAUUUGGAGACCUUGAUAGCCAUAUACAAAAAUUGCUCAAGUGCGAGCCGCUUCCAGAGGCUGAUGUGAAGGCUCUGUGCGAGAAGGCGAAGGAGAUUUUGGCGGAGGAAUCAAAUGUGCAACCAGUGCGCUGCCCUGUUACGGUCUGCGGGGACAUCCAUGGCCAAUUCAAUGACCUGGUAGAACUUUUUCGCAUCGGGGGUGAUAGCCCUAACACGAACUACCUCUUCAUGGGCGACUACGUCGAUCGCGGCUACCACAGCGUGGAGACGGUGUCGUUGUUGGUUGCCUUGAAAGUGCGCUUCCGAGACAGGAUUACUAUUUUGAGAGGAAACCACGAGAGCCGACAAAUCACACAAGUGUACGGCUUUUACGAUGAGUGCCUUCGGAAGUACGGGUCGGCGGAGGUUUGGAAAGCCUUCACCGACUUGUUCGACUACUUGCCGCUGACGGGGCUCGUGGAGGGCAAG